GCUUCGUUCGUCAGUCGAGCGCAACCAGUCGGGCGGGAGGGAUGUGCGCACCGUCGCAUUCAAACACUUCCGAACGUGCGCGUUCGUAACAAAAAUGACAAUAGUGCUUUAGUUAUUUUUUACUUGAAACAAAACUGUGUCUUAUAAAGUGCCAAUAAGAGUUGCCUUCAAGUGUUUUCAACCGAUGAAAAGGAUUGUUUUAUUUAAGUUUUUAAUUGGAUUUGACUUAAGGAUAUAAAGAUGUCGAGUUUCACGACUACUGGAGAUGCUACGCAGGCUGCUGUUAAAGAUCGCAUAUUAGAGCGAGAUGCCGGCUUCGUGUCAGGAGGCGAUGAUGACGACUCCUGCUCGGGACCAGCGCAUUCUGACGACUCGGGGGUCCGGCUGGUGGAGACUGACUCGCGGGUCAAACGACCUCGCACGCCCACCCGGUUACAACCACCUAAGAAACGUAUUCGACUGAAUUCGAGAGAAGACCUACCGAGCCCAGAAAGUGAUACAUCGGCCAGCCCUUUCAGACCUUGGUCCUUCACCGAGGAACCGCAGAGAGAACCCCUAUCUUUAGUCAAGAAAGAGACUAGUCUGUUGAGGCAGCGACGGAGGCCGCUGGAACCGCCUCCACCUCCAAUCCCACCACCACCGGGCCCACCAAGAGUUCCUCCACACCCAGGCGUCGUAGAACCUUACCAAGACAAAGCUAAGCCUAGGGAACAGAGGAAUUAUAAGAACAUGACCCGAGAGAGGAGGAUAGAAGCGAACGCGAGAGAACGGACAAGAGUUCAUACCAUAAGUGCUGCCUUCGACACGUUGAGGCGUUCAGUUCCUGCAUACAGUCACAAUCAGAAACUAUCAAAGUUAUCGGUGCUACGGAUAGCGUGCGCGUACAUUGCGGCGCUGUCUGCGGCGAUUGACCCUGAGGCUGAUUUAACGUCAGCAGUGGACCACGUGACGCAUACAAUACAUACCGAAGGGAAAUUGAGAAAGAAGAAGGAUGAUGCGUGAAGCGCAGUGGACUGAAGUGGCCGAAUUAAUUUUCUGUACAAUCGUAAUCGGUUUUUGGAGUUUUCGCUGAACUUGGUCUGUCAUCGGAGGCGAUGUGGAUAAGUGACAAUAACUUGCGAAUAGUAUUCCUAGUUCAGGGUGUGAUGACACUUUAAUGGAUUUCGUUCGUAACGUGAAAGCCAGAAGCCGAUUAUGGUUACCGCGUUUCAAUUAAAACCGUCCUGAGAAGCCUCUCUUUGCGCUAUAAGUUAGUACAAAAACGACAAUAAUAUUGGUAAUGGAAAAUUUAAUGUAUUAACUAUGUAUGUAGGUAUUUAUAUUGGAAUGUUUUGAAAGACAUGUUUGUCAUAUUCUUACGGAAAUAGGAAAUAUAAUUGCAGUAACUGAAAGUAGCUAGACCAUUUGUAAGCAGAUGGUUAGAAUUCUUCUGUCUGCAUUGGAAAGAGUACCUAGAUCUAAAAACAUUCUUUAUUGCGAAUCUCAAGCCUAGAAUAGGUAUCACUACGACCUAAGAAUGAUUUUUAGUUCGUAUUAAUUCUGUUACAAUCAAAAUCAAUUUUAUUAUGUGAAAAUUAUAUGUCAACAAGAAUGGCGCCACUGUAGAUUUUUUCCAUUAGAUGUUGCAAGUGUACCUAUGCCAAUUAGAUUUAAUUUCAUUAUACAAUCGGCCCAGUACAAAUUGUUAUGUUCCUAUUUCAUCUCCGUUCAUCUACAACAGAUCUCGGGUUUAAACGAUUCCUACUAAUUAAUAAUUAAAUUAAUAUUAAAGACAGAACUAGCAUUAUGGUGUAAUGUCACGUUCCGACAUACCUAGUAACGAAAAAAACAUCUCAUAGACAAGUAGUUUGGCAAAAUCUUUUUUUUCAUGUAUGUUUACCAUUCCUCAGUCCAGUAUUAAAAUAAGGCAAAAAUACCUAAAGUAAAAUCAAUUUGUGCAAAAUUAUGUAUUUAUGGCUUUAAACAAUAUAUUUAUUACAAUCGAGUCAGUAAUUUAAGUGAGAACUGUAUAGUUUUUAUUUAGUUUAAGGAGAAAAUGUUGCAUUUUGUAAAUAUUAGUUUUAAAAUGUAAAUACUUAUUAUUAUAUUUUAGUAAUGGUCAAUGUUUUGUUUUGGUUCUCUUGGAAAUUCUUCGAGUACUU